AUGUGGCGAGCUCGCCUGCAGGGAUUCGUCGGCGGUGUUGAUGUAAUAUGGUUCGGCGUCAGAGGACGAGACAAACGUUUGAACCGUUUUGCGUUCAGGCAGACGAGGAAACGCUGGGAGCAGUUCAUCCAGUCCGAGAACCAGCACCUGGUGAGUCCGGAGGCUCUGGACCUGCUGGACAAACUGCUGCGCUACGCCCACCAGCAGAGGCUGACCGCCGCCGAGGCCAUGCAGCACCCGUACUUCUAUCCUGUGAAGGAACAGGCAAACGCCAACACAGACGGCACAAAGGCCAUAAGCAGCUCCAACGCAACAUGAUAACCAGAGAGCAGGUAACAUACACACACACACGCACA